GCCGCUGCCCCGUCCGGGCCGAUCUGCCGUGACAGCUGGGCUCUCGCCCCAUCCCUCCCCGCUCCUCCCCGCAGACCCGACCCAGCCCAGCCCCCCCUCCCCGCCCCGGAUUUUUUGCAUCCUCCUCGGCUUAAUCGCGGUUUAAAUUUAGGAGCCGCGGCCGCAAACCCCGGCCCGGGUUCGGAGACUGCUCCGAAAUGCCCUCUCCCCUCCCCGGGGUUUUUCUUCUUCUUCCUCGCUCCGCUUCUGCCUCUGGGAAAUUGGGAUGUUAAGCCGCUCCGGAUCGCUUGCCGAGAGAUCCCGGUGCGCCCCCAAAGCAGAGAAAGGGGAGUUGGCCCUUGUCCGUUUCGACGCCUGGUUUUCAGGGAUCAGCCCCUUUUCAAAAAGCGAAGCAAACAACCUAGGUUUACUCGCCUAAAGAAAACCAGCCGACUUCCUUUGUUUGUGUUCUGUUUCCUCCCCCUUUUCCCUGUUAAAAGGUGGGCAAAAGUUGCAAUUCGGGGCGUCUGUUUUGCGUUUUUUGGGCGUCCUUUUUCUGGCCAGACAACGCCAUGUCUGCUAAGGAUAAUCCUUGCAGGAAAUUCCAGGCCAACAUUUUUAAUAAGAGCAAAUGUCAAAACUGCUUCAAGCCUCGCGAGUCGCACCUUCUCAACGACGAAGAUUUAAAUCAGGCCAAGCCUAUUUAUGGUGGGUGGCUUUUGCUGGCACCGGAAGGGACCGAUUUCGACAACCCUGUGCAUCGCUCUCGGAAAUGGCAGCGCCGGUUCUUCAUCCUGUACGAGCACGGCCUCCUUCGCUACGCCCUGGACGAGAUGCCCACCACGCUCCCGCAGGGCACCAUCAACAUGAACCAGUGCUCGGACGUUGUGGACGGGGAGAGCCGAACCGGGCAGAAGUUUUCCCUCUGCAUCCUGACCCCCGAGAAGGAGCAUUUCAUCCGGGCCGAGAACAAGGAGAUCAUCAGCGGGUGGCUAGAGAUGUUGGUUGUCUAUCCAAGGACGAACAAGCAGAACCAGAAGAAGAAGAGGAAGGUGGAGCCUCCAACUCCACAGGAACCUGGGCCGGCAAAGAUGGCUGUGACCAGCAGCAACAUCCCAAGCGCAGAGAAGGUGCCCACCACCAAGUCGACGCUGUGGCAGGAAGAAAUGAGGGGCAAGGACCAGCCGGACGGCAGCGGGGGGGUUAGCCCGGCCCCCAGCCCCGUGCAGAGCCAGGCUCCCCCCGCCUGCUCCCUCAAGGAACCGACGGUGGAAAGCAAAGACGAUGAGAGCACCACAAAUGGGGACCGAAGCGACUGCGGGCGGAAGACGCGUGUGGAGAGUGGCUAUUUUUCCCUGGAGAAGACCAAGCAAGACUUCAAGCCGGAAGAGCAGGAGCCGCCGACUCCGGCCUCCCCGCCCAGCCCGAGCAUCCCAAACAACAGGUACAGUGGCCCCAAAUCGCCCUCCCAGGAGCAGAGCCGCCCCUUUCCUUCCCCAGGUACCCAGCCAGGCAGCCGAAUGGUUUACAGCUUCUCUCUCAGUUCCCUGGACUCGAGAAGCGGCUCCCCCUCCACACACACGGAUUCGGCUGGCAGAGAGAGGACGAGGGGAGCGGAGAGAGCAGGCCGCCCCUUCUCCUUAAAAGCCGGCCGGCAGUACGCCACCCUGGCCGACGUCCCCAAGGCGGUUAGGAUCAGUAACCGGGAGGCCUUCCAAGUGGAACGGAAGCGACUAGAACGGCGGACCCGGGCCCGCAGCCCCGGAAGGGAAGAAGUGGCUCGGCUCUUCGGCAACGAAAGGAGGCGAUCCCAAGUAAUUGAACAGUUUGAGGCACUGGGUAUCGAGAGUGCCGAGCACAUGGAGACCAGCGCCUCCUCUGGCCCCACCUUCUCCAGCGAGACGCGGCAGGGCAGGAGCGAGAAGAGGGUUUCGCCCCGAAAACGGGACUUUGUGGCUGAAACGGCAACCAACUCCAUUCUGGAUAUGUCGACAUCCCCUUUGUCACCCCAUCGCAGAGCCAAAUCGCUAGACAGAAGAUCCACGGAGUCCUCCAUGACGCCGGACCUGCUGAACUUCAAGAAAGGGUGGCUGACCAAGCAGUACGAGGAUGGACAGUGGAAGAAACACUGGUUUGUGCUGACAGAUCAAAGUCUGAGAUACUACCGAGAUUCUGUGGCAGAGGAGGCUGCUGAUUUGGAUGGAGAAAUAGACUUGUCAACGUGUUUUGAUGUAACAGAAUAUCCUGUCCAGCGGAAUUAUGGCUUCCAGAUCCAUACGAAAGAAGGCGAGUUCGCCCUCUCCGCCAUGACAUCUGGGAUUCGCCGCAACUGGAUCCAGACAAUUGUGAAGCAUGUGCGCCCCGCCACGGCUCCAGAUGUGACCAGUUCAUUGCCAGAGGAGAAGAGCAAAGCCAGUUCAUCCCUUGAGGCUUGUCCCAAGCCGAGCGAGAAGCAGGACUCGGAGCAAGCAGAGAUAGACCCCGAGCACAAGCGCAGCCGGGCCCGAGAGCGCAGGCGAGAGGGCCGCUCCAAGACGUUUGACUGGGCUGAAUUCCGUCCCAUCCAGCAAGCGCUGGCACAGGAGCGGGCCAGUGUGGCAGAAGCUUCCAAAGGCAGUGCUGCUGCCUUCCUCAGGGAGCCUGGCAGCUCAGGUGCAGACCCUGGGGAACUGGAGAGGGACCGUGCCCGGCGGAGAGAAGAGAGGCGGAAGCGCUUUGAGAGUCUGGACACUCCUGAUGGGGGAGGCCCGGAAGACUUCUCCAGGAUGGAGGUGGACCGGCUGCCGGGACUGCCCGUCGCUGCAGAAGCCAAGCCCCAGAAUGUCCACGUGGAGAUAGAGCAGCGGUGGCAUCAGGUUGAGACAACCCCUCUGCGCGAGGAGAAGCAGGUCCCCAUCGCCCCUCUGCACCUCCCGCACGCCGAAGGCAGCAGUGAGAUGCCCCACAAGCAGCACCUCACCACACUCCUGGAGAAAGAGCUGGAACAGAGUCAGAAAGCAGCCUCAGAGCUUCUGGAGCAGAACCGUGUCCUACAGGAUCAGCUGAAAGUAGCCUUGGGUCGUGAGCAGAGUGCCCGGGAAGGUUAUGUCCUGCAGACUGAGGUGGCCACCUCCUCAUCAGGGGCCUGGCAGAGGCUCCAUAAAGUCAACCGAGACCUUCAGAGUGAGCUGGAAGCCCAGUGCCAACGGCAGGAGAUGAUAAAUCAGCAGAUCCAGUCGCUCAAGCGUAGCUAUGGGGAGGCAAAGGACGUGAUACGGCACCAUGAGGCCGAGAUUCAGAGCCUGCAGGCAAGGCUCAGCAGUGCUGCUGCGGAGCUCUCCAUUAAGGAGCAGACGCUGGCCAAGCUGAAGAGUGACUUGAAGGCUGAGAAGAAGAAAGCCGAAGAGCAGAUGGAAGAGUGGCAGCACAGUGAGACAGCACUGAGCUCCCAGCUGAAAGCCAGUGAGCAGAAGCUCAAGAAGGCGGAGGCACUCCUGCUAGAAAAGACCCAGGAGCUGAGGGAUUUAGAGACGCAGCAGGCUUUGCAAAGGGACCACCAGAAAGAAGUUCAGCGGCUCCAAGAUCGGAUUGCUGACCUGAGCCGGCAACUGAGUGCCAGUGAACAGUCUCGAAUGUCAAUGGAAGAGAAGCUCCAGAAGAAUUAUGAGGCUUUGCUGGAAAGCUGUGAAAAGGAGAAGCAGGUGUUGAUCCAGAGCUUGAAGGAAGUGGAAGAUAAAGCCAGUGAGUAUGAAAAUCAACUUCAGAAUAAUGAGCAACAGCUGGAAAUCCUGCAGAAGGAGAAACUAACAGCCAAAUUUGAAAGCAGUGAAAUAGUCCAUCAGCUGGAAGAGCAGCUGGAAAUGAAGGAAGAGAGCAUCCAGAAGCUUGUGGAGCAUAUAAAGGGCCUUGAGGAGGAAAGGGAUCAGAUCAAGUGCCGGUUCCAAGAGCUGAUGAACCAAGUGGCCGAGUCAGAUAAUGAAGUGGCCAAACUUCAGGCCAAGCUACAGUUGGAGGAGAGCAACUAUCACACUCUGGAGCGUUCCUAUGAGGUUGUGUCAGGACAAUUCCAGAACCUGCAGAAGGUCCUGAAAGAAAAGGAGGAAGAGCUGAGAGUGGUGAGGGAAACUCACUUGAGAGUUAUGGACAGGAAGGACAUCUGUGAACCAUUUUUAAAAAUGGCUACUUCGAGUACCAGUCUGGAGGAGAUGGAAGGAAACCAGCAGUCCAAAGAAGAUGCGUUGGAAACAUCAGUUGAUGAGAGCUUGGCACUGAGUGUUGCAACAGACACAGCUGAUACUGGUCAGGUGGUGCAGCUAGCACAGUCACAAGGAUUUGCUAACUUAGACAGCAUGCUUGUGGAUGAUAAUGAAGGCUGCAGUACCAGUCAGAAGCAGACAUGUGAGCCUACAGUGGUGAACACAGAGCAAAGUAGGUCUCCCUCAAAAUCCGUAGAUCUUCAAGAGAGAGAGAUCUGUCUAAAGGACUCGGGAAAACCUGAUGCAGAAGUCCCAGGAGCAAAAAGGCAAAGGAUACGUUUCUCCAAUAUCCAGUGUCAGAAAUACAUUCACCCUGAUGGAUCAGAGAAGACAUGGACCAGCAGCACAUCCUCAGACACCAGCCAGGACAGAUCACUUUCCGAGGACAGCAUGUCAUCUGAACCAGCUCCCUGUUAUGUGGCCUCAGGAGAUUCUGAAACUUACCUCUCUAUCAUUCACUCCCUGGAAACCAAGCUUUACAUCACGGAAGAAAAGCUCAAAGAUGUAACCAUGAAACUGGAAAGCCAACAGGGCCAAAACCAAGACACUCUUAUUGCACUUCACCACCAGUGGGCCAGCACUGAAGCCCAGCUUAGGGAGCAGCUUCAGGAUAGCUUGACGCAGGUCAGCAUGCUGAUUUCACAGCUAGAAAGUGAAAAGCAAGAAAAACUCCAGCUAAUUGAGAGCCAUGUUCAUGAACUAGGAGGGCUCCAUGGGAGAAAUGACCAAGCCUUAAUGUGUUUAAAACAAUGCAGAGAACAGCUGAGAACUUUGCCCAGAUCUAACAAGGAGAAAGAGAGAGACGUUUUUUGUGACCCCUUCUCCAAUAUGGAAACUGUGCUUUCCAAUGCAAUCCAUACGUUAGAACAGACGCUUUCCUUGCCUGAUAGCCAACCAAAAGAGCAUCCUACAGACCGGGCUUUGUAUGCAGAAGGCAGCUACGCUGAGGAGGAAGCCACCCCACAGCAGCAAGCAGAGUUUUCUGUCCAAGACCAGUUGCGGUUGCUCUCCAGGAAGGUGGCUUUUGAAGCCUGCUUGAUCAACCGGAUAGCAGAGUCUUUGAGAGACGCAACUUCCGAGAUUUCUUUGGCCCUUAGAGAGAUCCAUGGUACAGUAGAUGCAGUCUUGUUAGAGCCUUCCAAUAUUUCACAUACUGCAGUGGCCUUGGCUGACAUCUUAUCCAAAAAGCUGGUGCUGGAAGAUGAGUUUUGGGGCCAGGUAGAGGAGUUGAGGAAGCACUUGGGUGCCACGGAAGAAGAUGAGAAAAGGAGAGGGGAGUCUCCAAGUACGAAUGUCCCACAGUGCCUCAUUCACUCAGUUGCAGGUAGCACACUAAUUAAAGCAGAACUUGGUUUUGUUGCCCACAAAAUGAGAGAGUCCUUUCAUCAGAGGUUAAAGGCCAUUGAAGAAGACCUUCACAAUACCAGAACAGCGCUUCAGCAGCAUAAGUGCAUGCUGGAAGAAAUCAUUCAAGCAUACAGGACUCCUGCAUUUGCUGGGGUCAUGCACCAGAUUACCAAAGCCCUUGAAAUCCAAGAGGGCACUUCAGAAAGAGCUCAGUCAGCUUGGAAUACAAGCCUUCAUGACAACAUGGCAGGAGGCCACAGUUUGCAGGAUCUGAGCAGUCAAGCGGUGGCUGCUGUUCAGGAUGAACUUGCUCAGCAGCUCAAGGACAGAGCAAACAUACUAAAAGAAAUAUCUACGGCUCUCCUGUCCCUGUCCCCUGAUGAUGCCCUGAAAGAUUGCCACAAACUCCUGAAGAUCCCCAGCAGUCCUCCUUAUGAUGUGUGUAUGGGAGAUCUCGAGCGUUACUCUUCUUUACUAGUUCAGGAUGCAAUCAUCCAGGCCCAGGUUUGUUACGGGGCUUACAGAGCAAGAUUAGAGUAUGCUAAGGAGGCAAGACUCUACAAGGAGUCUCUGCAGAACGUAGACCUCCUGUGUCAGGAACGCAUAAGGGCUGUUGCUGCCCUCAGAGAGGAGUACGAAGAAUUGCUCCGGAAACAGCAGAAUGAGUAUGCUGAGAUGAUUGCUCUGCUUGAAGAAGAGAAUGCGGAUCUCAAAGCCAAAGUGGAACAGCUUGACAGCCAGCGGAAGCACCUGGAAGAGGAAGAACUUGAACAGAGCAAGAAAAUAUCAGCACUUCAAGUCAAAUAUGAGGAAGAGAUUCAGAAUGUGAUUGACCAGCUAAAUAGAACUGAGGAUGCCCUCAAGGCUGAACAAACUGAAGGGCUCCUCCGCCUAGAUGCCCUUGUACAAGAUAAGCAGAAUUUAGAAAGAUACCACCUUCAACAAAUACAAGCUCUGGAAGAUGAAUUCCAGCUCAAGAUGAAAGAACUGCAGGCCCUCCAUGACAACGAACUACAGACCUUGCAGAAGCACUACAAUGAGAAUUUGCAGGGCUUGCAAGAAUCUUUAGAUGUAUAUCAGAAGCAGCACCCAGAAGCACUGCCCAAAAUAAUGUCUCAUGCAGAAGUUACAGCAACUGGGAAUGAAGUUGACGGUGGCAUGCAAGUUUCAGAGUGUGAGCUGAAUGCCAUGCAUGGAUUGAGAGAGCGCAUUCAAGAGCUGGAAGCCCAAAUGAAUGUCAUGAGAGAUGAGCUGGAGAACAAGCACCUUGAGGGGAAUGCAUCCACCUUGAGGGAGAAAUACCAGAAAGAUUUUGAGAAUCUUAAGGCAACCUGCGAGCGAGGCUUUGCAGCCAUGGAAGAAACGCAUCAGAAAAAGAUAGAGGACUUGCAAAGGCAGCAUCAGCGAGAACUGGAGAAACUGCGGGAGGAGAAGGAUCGCUUGCUAGCAGAGGAGACGGCGGCUACCAUCUCAGCCAUAGAAGCCAUGAAGAAUGCCCACCGGGAGGAGUUGGAGCGGGAGCUGGAAAAGACCCAACGAUCUCAAAUUAGCAGCAUCAACUCAGACAUUGGAGCCCUCCAGAGGCAAUACCUAGAGGAGCUGCAGUCUGUCCAGCGUGAACUUGAAGUCCUCUCAGAGCAGUACUCUCAGAAGUGUUUGGAGAAUGCUCACUUGGCUCAAGCCCUGGAGGCAGAGAGGCAGGCCCUCCGCCAGUGCCAGCGGGAAAACCAAGAGCUCAAUGCACACAACCAGGAGCUGAACAACCGCCUGGCUGCAGAGAUCACUCGGCUACGAACGCUGCUGACUGGGGAAGGUGGGGUAGAGACUGCUGGCUCACCACUCACUCAAGGCAAGGAUGCCUAUGAGUUGGAGGUCCUCCUGCGUGUCAAAGAAUCGGAAAUCCAGUACUUGAAGCAGGAGAUCAGCUCUUUGAAGGAUGAAUUGCAGACAGCAUUGAGGGACAAGAAAUACGCCAGUGACAAGUACAAAGACAUCUACACAGAACUCAGCAUUGUGAAAGCCAAGGCAGACUGUGACAUUAGCAGGUUGAAAGAACAGCUCAAAGCAGCCACGGAAGCCCUUGGUGAAAAGUCACCUGAGAACACCACCGUGUCUGGAUAUGAUAUCAUGAAAUCCAAAAGCAAUCCUGAUUUCUUGAAGAAAGACAGGACUAGCGUUGGCCGGCAACUAAGAAACAUCAGGUCAAAGAGUCUGAAGGAAGGCCUCACGGUGCAGGAGCGCCUCAAGCUCUUUGAAUCCAAGGACUUGAAGAAAGACUAGUUCUCUCCUUCCUGUUCAUCUUGACUAUGUGCACCUCCUCGCUUGCAGCAUCACAGCACAAGCACCCUUUGUCUUUUAGGAUCCUCGUUGUUGCUCAUUUUUUUUUUGUACAGAUGCUUCAGAAGACAGACUGAAAAACACUGGCGGUUCUGCCUGCUGUCAAAUGGACUCCCUGAUUCCUGGCCUUGCCUUACCUUGCAAAGUUCACAGUCUUGGCAAAAGAGCAGGGAGAAAUUGGGGCUAUAUCCCCCUUUGGCUUUCCAUACAAACCAACCCUUUCUACUGUAUAUCCAUUACACUAUGUGUCAGUAUUAAGGCUCAACAGCCUAUUGAUAAGCUAGCUCUGUUUUACCGAAUGCAUCGGUAUAGCAACAGGGCCCUGGGAGAAGGAAGGCAAUGCACUCUUCUCAGCUCCACCGCCGUUGAGAAUCACCCAGCGCUUAAGUGCAUGCUUCGUGUCUAACUUUGCACCUCUGAAGCAAAAUGUGCAGGUGUGGUUUUGGUACAAGCUCCUUCAGUCAAACUUGAUGGCUGCAACAACCAGCAGAAGCAUUAUGGGGGGAAAGGACACUUGGGAGAGCCUUGGUUUGUGUCUUGCGGAAUUCUUGCUAAGUGGUCAGAUUUGGAAUCUGUUCUCCUAAUAUGAUACAGAACUCUCUGAAGGUGGGCAGACUUUUAUUAAACUUGCUUGGAAAUGGUAGACAUGAAUGCUCCUGAUUGAGACAUUGAUGCUGGAAGUAAAUCGAGAACAAUUAUGCUAGCUCUUGGGGAAAGUGUUAAGAGCAGGGAUCACCGUCUCCUCCCAGCUGCAUUUCAGGGCAAGGCCAUGCCGUAUGCUUGUGUGUACAUAAUGUAGUAUGGCCAGCUCAGCUCUUCUCCUUUCUCCUACCUGUGAACCUAGAAUACGUGUUCUGCCCAGAACCUCAGAUGUGACGUUUUUUCUUUCUUAUAGAUGAUGUUUAAAGAAGAAAUAAUUUCACUUCCUACUCUGAUUUUUGGAAUGCCAGCAUCCACCAUAUAAUUGGCAAGAAUAGUAGAGAAAUGUAAUUGGCAGGGCUCUUUGCAAAGCAGGAACGGCUUUGGCAUGCUGAUUUGCAAGGUGUUUGGGACUGUACGGCAGAGGUGGGGUCAGCCUUCCAAGCAAAGGUAAAGGCCUUGGAUUUGAUUUAGUGCUGUUAAAGGGGAGAGAAUUGUCCCCAUGUUCAGUGCGAGCUGGUACCUUCUGCAUGUGGAUGUUCAGUUGUAAGGGGCUGCGGAGAGGGGAGCCGAAAUAGCAAGGGAUGGCAGGUCAUAAGAAAAGCCUGAUAAAAGGUGGUGUUUGAAAAAUGACAAGUCAAGCUGGAGAAUGUCCGUUAGCACUUGAUCCCACCAUCAGUCUGAAACAAAGUGGUUCUACAGGAUCGGUUUUCUACAUACUGGGCCCAAGGGUAGCAAAUAUAUUCUUCAAUGUUUUGCACACCUUAGCCAGCUGGUCUUUUUCCAAGCAGGAAAAUGCAUAUAGAAAGGCACUGAACAAUGCAUGCACAUUUCAGUACAAAAAUAGAGGAGCAGUCUCUUUGAACUUACAACUCAGUACUGACAGUUAAUUCUGUAAACUUUAUGAGCAAGAUGGAUUUUUUAAUUUUAAAGUGUUUUACCUGCUUUGCUGAUUACUGCAUUCUCCACACAUUCUCUAACUUCAGAUAUUUUGAGGUGGAUUUCUGCACUGCAGUAUAUACAGACUAAAAACAUUGAGCUUUGGCCAAACAUAAGUAUUUAAAGUUUUGCAAUCACUGGCUAGCCAGAUCAAAAAUCUUGCUUGCAGCUUUAUCCUAUUCUUAGUGCCCAAUUAGAUGGUUUCACGGUGAUAAAAACUAGCUGUUUCCAAAUAACUCAUUUGGAGCAAGAGUGCACAGCACGUUAGGUUGAUUGGAGCAAAGUGUUCUGUGUAAGCUUUUUGCUGGUAUCUUUUAACAUGCAACUAUGAUGCUAUUUUGUGGACCUUUGCUGUUUUUUAAUGGCCAAAACAAAGAUAUUCCUAACGUUUUAACUGUCUUCGCACAUGGCAGCCUGCAUAGCAGAAUUUCAGCUUUGUGCUUGUUGUGUGUCAGGUCGCUUUUUAAUUGGGUAUGAAAGAGGCAAGAGUUGUCUGGUUUUCAUUUGAUGUCCUUCAUAGUUUGCCCAUCCCCUCAGGUUGCCAAGAGCUGUUCUGCAUAUUAGAAUAACCAUCCUUUGGUGUGACACUGAGGUAGCAGUCAUCUCUGAAAUUAUUUUGUUUUCUCUCUCCUUCGAGCAUUCACUGAGCAAAAAAAUAAAAAUUAAGAAAUUGCUCACUUUUCUAUGUAAUUUACUAACAAUUUGAGAGAAAGCUUCCAGAAGAACAAAUUAUCUCUUGCAAAAAACAUUUAGUGUUGAUUCAUCUACUUCUUUGUCUAAAUACAGAAAUGCCAUCUACUAUUAUAGCCAGUGUUUUUCAAACAUUUAAAUUGAUGUAAAAAAAAAAAAAAAAAGGUUGGUAAAACAACCAAAUUUCCUUUUGCUCAAGACAGUCUGUACUGCUGUGGUCAAGGUGCUCUACGUACACAGCAAAGCAAGUUGGUAUUUUGAGAGUUGUAUUUUUAAAAUGGCUCUUAAAGGGUACAGUAUAUACAUUGUGUGAAUAAAUAGGUAUAUUCUGUUGCGAGCUGAUGCAUUUUAUACAAGCUUACACUACAAAAUAACCAGAAUGUGUGGCCUAAGUGAAAGCUCAACACAAAUGGAUGUACAGUAUAAAUACACCUGCAUAAUGGCUUCCUAAACUUUGUCUAUUGCAAAUCAUUUUUUCUUAUUUUUGAAACAAGAAUCCUUAUAAUGCAACUUGUUUUCCUUUCUGAAAUGGAAAAGGAUUGCUUGUGCUGCUGUGCAAAAUCCAAGCAGUCUGUUUUUCCUGUGGCAGAGGCUGCUAGCAAGUAGCCCUACACAUUGUUUUAGAAAAGUGUUGCUUUUUGUAAUGACCAUACUUGAUUAGAAUCCCACUAGACUUUUUACAUUUUGGUGGUUCAUAUGCAGUAAUUCAUUGUGAACACUUUAAGCACAUGCACGCUCAGUGUAGCUUAUCUUUCCUUUGUAAUUUUUUUCCAUUUUUUAAAGCUUUGUUAUUCUCUUUAAAAGUAAUUUAAAACCUGUAUAGUAUUCAAAGCACGCAAUGUAAAUAUUUAUUACUCAAAAACUAGUGGAGGGUUUUUUGGGGUGACUUUUUUUUAAUCUUGUUCUAAUACAGAUGUCCUUUUGACUUGGAAAAGGAAAUUAGUGUAACCUGAUAAAUCUGCUUUAUGUUCCCUUUCAGAAUGUUUGUUGGUUUGUUUGAAUGUUAUAAAUAUAUUUUAAAAUUUCUCUGAUACCUUCUUAGUUUUGGAAAUACCUAUCCAAAGAACAUGUACAGUGUUUCAAAACUUUAAUCCUACAUAUCUAUACACUGAAUUUCUUCCCCACCCAGUUAAAUAAUCUUAUACUUGACAGUGGCAUAAAUAACAAUUGGAUGUGCAGAUAUACUAUAUUUAUAUAGCAAUGGUGGUGGUAGAUAUUCUGUCACUAACCAGUAUUCUUGCAUGGUAACUUAACACUGUUGCAGAGUAAGCCAAGGAUUUAUUGGAAAAGAACCGUGUAGAUUUUGAUUCCCACAAUGCACACACCCCUUCAAGUUACAUGGCACGGUGUCGCAACAGCAUGGCAGAAUGCAAGUCACAUAGAAUGAUUAUUACUCGAUUUACUGCUACACCAUGUUUUAUUUUAGUGUGAUUUUAAAAUGUUUUAGUUGCAGUGCUUACCACAAUUUAGAACAUUUUUUGAGCCGAGAGGCCCCUACUGCUGACUGCAUGCCUUGGAGAACAAUUAUGUGGCACAAGAACAAGUGUGUGUGUAUUCUGCCUGUGGUUAUCUGCAGGCCACAGCUAGAAGUCCACUAGAAGAUAAAUGAAACUGGGGGAGUUGGGAAUAGAAGCUGAUCUCGUGUCAACGGAAUUAACAAGUCUGAUGCAUGUGGCUUUGGUUAGGAUUAUCACUGCGUUAUGCCAGAAGCAGCACUGAUUCUGAUCUAGCUUAAAGCAAGUGUCAUGUGUAAGAAAUAGCUAUUGUAAAAUGCACAUUUUUUGAGUGGCAAAAGCCUGCAUUAAUACAUUUCUCCAGUGUGGUACUUGUUCGGACAAAACCUACACGUGGCUAAAUGGCAGGCUAGCACUGUGCACAUGCAUCUACUACCAGAGUUCUUCCUCACGCCCACUCGGCGCCAGCCUGCUUCUAACAUACUGAGGCUACCCUGGGUGACACUGAGACCGCCUGAUCCACAGUCAGGCCUGUAUGGGUUUCACCUGCAAACUGGCCACAACCGAUGGCAUCCUGCAGUGGUCAUCCAAGAAUCAAGAAGCAUGUUCCUCAUCCCCGCAGCGCUGCAAAUUUCAGAGGCAGAACAAGGCCAUGGUUUGGUUUGCAGUGGGGAGCUUGAUACUGGCCAUCAAAACAGUAACUCCUGUCCAGAAGAGGCAGGUGUAAAGAAAGCCACGUCAGCGGAGGACUGAGGGGAGGCCCCCAAGAAUUUACCGGAAGAUUAGUAUGUCCAAUCUGCCUCUUUCUGAAAGGAAUGCACUUGAGCCGGCUCCUAUGAAUCUGAUUUAUUUCUUUUUGUUUUAUUUUCAUGCUUUUCGAGCAGCUCUCUCCCUCUUCAGCAGUUCACUGUAAUAGAAAUAUCACUAAUGUCACAGUAUUUAUUCCUUACAAACUUUGUGUGACAUACUAGGGUCCCCAUGGUUGUAGCUGAUAAUUCUGUAAAUACUACUUAAGUAUACAUAAGACUAUAUCGUAAUAAACUAUUUUUGCACCACC